AUGCGACGAACCGCGCUUCUCAGCGCCGCAACGGUGCUGCUCACGAGCACAUCCUCCACAACCGCACAAUCCACGGCCUCAAAAUCGUCAAAACGCGGCCUAGUCUACGUCCCCUCCGAUGACCACCCCGACGACGAUAAGAUCUGGACAACGGGUCCAUCUCCUCCAACAUGGUACUACAACUACCAAAAAGACCCCUCGUCUGCCUACAAAGAUAACCCAGACAUGCAAUUCGUCCCUAUGCUCUGGGGCGCUAGCGACAGCGAUACCGGCACCCCAUUCCUCGACUCCGUAAAGCAGCAGAUCAAGGACGGAGCAAACAUAACCGCCGUGCUAGGCUUCAACGAACCUGACGGCGGCCACAGCACCGGCGGUUCCAACCUCGCCGUCACCACCGCAGCCGCGCGCUGGAAAGCCGAAAUCGAGCCCCUCAAGGAACUCGGCAUCAAGCUAGGCGCACCGGGUGUCACAGGCGCAGAGUCCGGUUGGCAGUGGUUGGAGAACUUCUUCAACGAGUGCGACGGCGGAUGUAAUCCCGACUUCAUCCCUGUGCACUGGUAUGGCAACUUCGAGGGUAUGAUGAGCCAUAUUGGACGCGUUACGACGAUGUGGCCGAACAUGACGGUGUGGGUUACGGAGUAUGGGUACCCGAAUCAGCCGCUUGAGGAGACGCAGAGUUUUUAUAAUAUGAGUGCGCAGAGCUUUGAUAGCUGGCCAAACAUCACGCACUACUCCUACUUCGGCGCUUUCCGAUCGGAUGUUAGCAACGUGGGCGCCAACGCUGCUAUGCUUACCCAAGACGGCGAGUUGACGGAUAUUGGAUCGUGGUACAUGGGCGGUGCGGCUACGAACAACGUUCCUGAGGCUUCUGGUGCGUCGGCGAUGGGUGCUGCACCGGCUACCCUUGCUCUCAGCUUAGUGGCGAUGUUGUUUUCGUAUCUUGCUUAA